AAAGGGAGCAGCUAGGAGCAGUAAUUGGCUCCUCCUUCCAGGGUGCUCAGGGGGAAGGAAAGUGAGUCAGCAGUCUGUUCUCCUGCUCGCUACAUCUACUUUCCACCUACUCUGACUUGUCAGCACUUGACUCUCCCUCCACAAGACCUCCCCAAGCAGCCCCAGAGAUACCCUAAUGUUGAGUGGACCCUCAACAGUUCUUCUGUAGACCAAAUGAAUUUAAUCCACAGGUCUAAAUUUGGGAAGAAUAGCAGGUUUAAUUAUUUUUGGAAAUCAAGUUCAAUAUUAAAAAGAGAAAGCACACAUUAUUGGAAGCCAUUUCUACUAAUUCCGAUGCGUUUUAACUUAUGAUUUGAUUUGAAUACUGUCAUGGGAGGAGCUGUGAGUGCUGGGGAAGAUAAUGAUGACUUAAUUGAUAACCUUAAAGAAGCUCAGUACAUCCGCACUGAGAGAGUAGAGCAAGCCUUCAGAGCCAUUGACCGCGGGGAUUACUAUCUGGAAGGCUACAGAGACAAUGCUUACAAAGACUUAGCCUACACACACGGGAACAUACACUUGUCAGCACCUUGCAUUUAUUCCGAAGUUAUGGAAGCUUUGAAACUUCAACCAGGAUUGUCUUUUCUUAACCUGGGAAGUGGAACCGGAUAUUUAAGUACAAUGGUGGGCUUAAUUUUAGGUCCUUUUGGAAUAAAUCAUGGGAUUGAACUUCAUUCAGAUGUGGUGGAAUAUGCCAAGGAAAAACUGGAGAGCUUCAUCAAAAAUAGCGAUAGCUUUGAUAAAUUUGAAUUCUGUGAACCCGCAUUUGUGGUGGGUAAUUGCCUUCAGAUAGCUUCUGACAGUCAUCAGUAUGAUCGAAUUUACUGUGGAGCUGGAGUCCAGAAAGAUCACGAAAACUACAUGAAGAUCUUGCUCAAAGUUGGGGGAAUACUGGUCAUGCCUAUAGAGGAUCAGUUAACACAGAUUAUGCGGACUGGACAAAACACUUGGGAAAGCAAAAAUAUCCUUGCUGUUUCCUUUGCUCCACUAGUACAGCCUAGUAAGAAUGAUAAUGGCACACCGGAUUCUGUGGGGCUCCCCCCAUGUGCUGUCAGGAAUCUUCAAGACUUGGCCCGUAUUUAUAUUCGACGCACACUUAGAAACUUCAUCAAUGAUGAGAUGCAAGCCAAGGGAAUUCCGCAAAGGGCUCCACCUAAGAGGAAAAGAAAGAGAGUUAAGCAGAGAAUUAACACUUAUGUAUUUGUGGGUAAUCAGCUUAUUCCUCAGCCUCUAGACAGCGAGGAGGAUGAAAAAAUGGAAGAAGACAGCAAAGAAGAAGAGAAAGAUCACAGUGAAGCCAUGAAGCAAGAGGAGCCACCUCAGAACUUACUGAGGGAAAAGAUCAUGAAGCUGCCGCUCCCUGAGUCUUUAAAAGCUUACCUGACAUAUUUUAGAGACAAAUAACUUAAAACAAGGAAGAAUGCCUACUGAUAAUUCCCUUACUCUUGUAAAUGUACUGUUUAUUAGGAGUUAGAGAGUUACUUCAUUAGAAUGAAUUAUUGCAGACAGAAGCUUAAGUUAUUUCUCUUAAUGGCAGAAAUGAUGUAUCCAGUGAUUUAAAAGAGUCUUUCCUAAAAUCUAUUUUUCUUAAAUCUUGAGGAAAUGCUGUUUUAGCUCAGUGAAUCUCAAAGUGAAAUGCAUCUAAAGUCAGGACUUUGUGGACAGUAGAUUUGUAGUGGGGGGGGUUUGGUUUCAUUCUAUAAGAGGUUGAUACUUUGUCAUAUAGGCUUAUUUAAAUUGCAGUUUGCAUUUCCUUUGUGAGAGCACGCUUAUCUAAUAAGGAAAGCAAAUGCUUGUAGACAUGCUUACCUUAUUUUUGUUGUAGACAUAUUCCGGGCAAUAUAUGAGUGCAAUAAUAAUUCAUGAUAUUAAAUAAUUUAGCUUUAAAAGCUGCCGACUUCAUGAAAUUUUGCAGGCCUGAAACUUUGCUUUUCAGUCUAUUGCCAAAAGAUAACAGAAAAUUCCCACUUCUCUUAUAGAGAUUUUAAGAGCACAGCAAGUGAAAUGGCUACUUAACACAGCUAGUUUGUGUGGGGCCUUUUGUGUUUCAGUAUUUAAGAUAAUGAGGUUAUCUUAACUCUAGAAUUUUAAAAGGUAGUGUGUUUAGGAUUGCUUUUCUGUAAUUAUAUAGUAUUAGAUUUGAAAAGACAUUCAUUGUCCCAUUUGCUUCUGAGUGCAGAUAGUGAGUAAGCCGUGGUAGGUGACCCUCACCUAUUAGGAACCUUCAGUAGCAGGGAAGAUGAUGUGGCCAGCUGAGACACUUCUUGGGACUUUUAAUUAUGUGGAUAUUUGUCUUUGAAAAUGUAGGCCACACUCACCUCAUCUAUUUUGAACCUUUCUAGUAGAAACUGUCAUGGAAGCUGUAUGUAGAUGCCUUUGUGUUAAAAUUUGGUUCAGCAUCAUCGUGGGAUCUCUGGGACCCACACCAAGCUCAUUUCCUCUGUUCUGUGUUUUGCUUCUUUGGUAAAAUGAUAAUGGCUUUCAUUUUUUUACUUAAUGUUACAUUCUUAGGCUAUGUAGAGUAUCAGUGUUAAAAUCACCAGUGCGUGCUGUUACUAGAUCUUUCCUCAUAAGGCUUGCACACAGUUCUUCCUUGUUAAGCACGUGUGAGAUGUGACCUACUUACUACUUAGUAUCACAUAGAUGAUGUGUUUUUAAAGGGAAGAUUUCAAAUGUCUCACUUAUUCUUAUCACAUCACUGUCAGAGCAGCUGCUAAGAUUUGCCUAAUCAUGAUGAUUUAAAUAGUUUUAAAUGACUGAGCUCCAAUAAUUCUGCAAACCUGAAUCAGUUGAAACAGGAAAUUGACCCAAAUAAUGGAUAGUGUCUUAGUAAUGUGAAAGACAGUGUUAUGGGAAGAACUCAUUUGGCUCUUGGUGGAAUGGAUGAGUCCAAUUAUUCUUAACAUAAUUAGCAAACUAUUAUUAAGAAAUGUCCUAUCCUGUUUCUAUCGAAAAAAGAAAAAAGACUCUCCCCCUGCCCCCUGAAUUGGUACUGGGUAUUAAAGCCCAGAACUAGGACCUCAUGCAUGCUAAGUAAGCACUCUGUGACUGAGUUUAUCCCCAGACCAACAAACUGUUAUGUUUAAAAUUUUGUUUUAGAAGUUUAGUCUUGAAUUCUGAUGCCCACGUGGUUUUAUCUGGGGAAAGUUUUCAUCUUGUCUUCCCAUCCUGUCCACCACAUCUCUUUUGUUUUUGUUUUGUUUUUCUUGGAAAGUGUUGUUAAUGAUGUAUUUGAAGGUAGCUUUUUAAUACUGUCUUGGGUUGACCUUGAUAAAUUAUACAGUAGAUUGUCUUGAUCAUUGCACACAGACAAAAAUACAUUGUGUUUAUCUUUUGAAGACAACAAAGAAUCAUGGAGUGGAGGUGUGUGCUAAGUCUUGCAGCAGGUUGGAGACAAGGGCCUGAAGGAGCAGCCACCAUCACCAAAAUGCCAAGAAUCCAGCCAUGACACCAUAGCUACCAAGGGUCUAAUUGAAAUCUGCACUACUCACUGGUCAGCAAUGGUCUCUGGUAUUAAUAAAAUGUUAAAAUAGCAUACAUGGUUACAAUAAAAUGAAAUACGAAGUGUGUUGAUUGUUGAAAGUGAAAGAAAGCUUGCUAAAUCAUUGGGCAAAUUGGAAAACCAUUUUAAAUAAAUCACUUCAUUACACAGAA